AUGAAGCACAAAGAACAACUAAAAGUAGAUGACGACAAUAACUAACUAAAAAGAGACUAAGUUAAAUAAUUAAAAGAGGAAAUAACUGAUACCGAUAGGAGUUUGAAUGCGAUUUCCAAAAUAACAAAUUAAAAUAAGUUGAAUACUGUAAGCUCUUCUCACUCAAUAGAUGAUAAUCAUCAAAUAAAUAAUCCAAGUUGCAUUUAAUCUGAUGCAACGACAAGAAAAAAUGAUUUUUCAUUUUGUCAUUAAUAAAAAUCAAGCGAAUUUAUCCCAAAAUAUGCUUUUGGUAGGCCAAAACCUUCUUUAAAAGAGAGUUUAAACGAGAGACCAUCUACAAUUUAAAUGAAUAAUCAGUAAAAUUAGAAGAAGAUUUUCUUCAAAAUUAGUUGGGCACCAAUUAAUUAAUGCUUUUGUUGCUGCUUAAUAGGACAUGUAGGGAUAUCUAAUUCUCAGGGCGUAGUUUAUGAUUUCAAAAACCAUUUCUUCAUCGGGGCUGAUAUAGGAGAUGAAGAAUUAAGACUUUUUGGUAGGCCAACAAAAGAUUUGUUUUUGGAGCUGGACAACGAAGAACAGGCAGCAAGACUGCAAGAAGUUUUGAAAAAUAAGUAAGUGAUGUACACAACAAAAGAAGCUGUAGUUGGCAGAUAUAAAUUUUUAAGAAAUAAUUGUCAUCAUUUUGUGGCAGACGUGUUGAAUACUUUCAGAUAUAAAAACAAAUCAGACUACACUGCUUUAUGGGUUUGGAAAUAAACUUUUUUUCAUGCAAAAUAUAGAAAUUUAAAGGGAUGUCUAAAGACAUAUUCUACUCCUUUGGUGUUGAUUUUAUUAGGAAUUCUUUUUCUCGUCUUUUUUUUGAUAGAUCACUUUCUAGAAUUGGGUUUAUUAUUUUGA